CCAAAUGAAAGCUUGAGCGAGACGAAGACGGCUAGCUAAGAAGCAGCAUUCAGAUGGAACUGGAGGACGAGGAGGAGCGCAAAAGGCAGCUCUAUGAUGAUCAUCAAGGAGGUCACGGCGAACGGGAGGCCGAUGCAGGCGACCGGCGAUCACUAUCGCUGGAGAUCGAAGGGGAAUCAUCAUCAGUGCAGAAGCCGGCGUUGUCAUCAUCAUGGCGAGCUGCAGCGGCCAGCUUCAGGGAGAGCCUGUCGCGCUCCCUCUCCCUCAACCAGCAACAUGAUCAUCAGGAGAUUGACGAUGAGGCGGAGCUGAAAUGGGCGGCCGUCGAGAGGCUGCCCACCUUGGACAGGCUCCACACCUCGGUGUUCGAGUUCCAUGGAGACUCUGACUCUGUUGGCUCAUUGUUGGAGUUGCAAAUGGUGGACGUGCGCAGGCUGGGUGCGGCGGAGCGGCGCAUGGUGGUGGACACCCUCAUCGCCAACAUCCACCGUGACAACCUCCGCCUGCUCCGCCCGCCCACGGUGGAGGUGCGCUGGCACGACGUCUGCGUGGAGGCGGAAUGCCAGGUGGUGCAGGGGAAGCCGCUCCCCACCAUCUGGAACGCCGCCAUCUCCAACCUCUCUGCGGUGAGCAGCAUGCUGGGCUUCAACCGCCAGCAUUCCAGGAUCCGCAUCCUCAAUGGUAUCAGCGGCGUCGUCAAGCCUUCCAAGCUGACGCUUCUCCUGGGACCCCCGGGCUGCGGCAAGACCACCCUCCUCAAGGCGCUUGCAGGGAAGCUCAACGCCAAUCUCAAGGUCACAGGAGAAAUCGAGUACAAUGGUGUGAAGCUGAGUGACUUCGUUCCAGAGAAGACGGCAGCUUACAUCGAUCAGUAUGACCUCCAUGUCCCCGAGAUGACCGUCAGAGAGACCAUCGACUUCUCUGCAAGAUUCCAGGGUGUUGGCAACAGAGCAGAAAUCAUGAAGGAGGUGAUUAGAAGGGAGAAGGAGGCCGGGAUUAAUCCCGAUCCUGAUGUUGACACUUAUAUGAAGGCGAUAUCUGUGGAAGGUUUAGAAAGAAGUAUACAGACGGAUUACAUUAUGAAGAUCAUGGGACUUGACAUAUGUGCUGACAUAAUGGUGGGAGAUGCAAUGAGGAGAGGUAUUUCAGGUGGUGAGAAGAAGAGACUAACCACAGGAGAGAUGAUAGUAGGACCCUCAAAAGCACUCUUCAUGGAUGAAAUAUCAACUGGGUUGGAUAGCUCCACAACCUUCCAAAUUGUUUCUUGCCUCCAACAAUUGGCUCAUAUCUCAGAGUCUACAAUACUAGUCUCACUUCUUCAACCAGCACCAGAGACUUACGAGCUUUUUGAUGAAAUUAUCUUGAUGGCUGAAGGAAGAAUUGUAUACCAUGGAUCUAAGAGUUGCAUUAUGAGUUUCUUUGAAUCAUGUGGAUUCAAGUGCCCUGAAAGGAAAGGUGCCGCUGACUUUCUUCAAGAGGUCUUGUCAAGAAAAGACCAACAACAAUAUUGGAGCUGGAGAGAAACAUACAAUUUUGUUUCCAUUGAUCAGUUCUGUGACAAGUUUAGAGUAUCUCAAAUUGGUCAGAACCUUGCUCGGGAGAUUUCAACGCCUUAUGAUAGAUUAGAAGGGCAUAAAAAUUCCUUGUCUUACAGUAUCUACUCAUUAUCCAAGUGGGAACUCCUCAAAGCAUGUUUCGCCAGAGAGCUUCUUCUCAUGAAACGAAAUGCCUUCAUCUACAUUACAAAAACUCUUCAGCUUGGACUACUUGCUGCUAUUACUGGGACAGUAUUUUUGCGCACACAUAUGGGUGUUGACAGAGUUCAUGCUAACUAUUACAUGGGUUCACUCUUCUAUGCACUCAUCUUGCUGAUGGUGAAUGGAUUUCCUGAACUUGCCAUGGCAAUUAGCAGACUACCAGUGUUCUACAAACAAAGAGACUACUGCUUCUAUCCUGCAUGGGCUUAUGCCGUACCAGCUUUCAUCCUCAAGGUUCCAGUCUCAUUAGUUGAGUCAAUAGCUUGGACGUCAAUAUCUUACUUCCUCAUCGGCUAUACUCCAGAGGCAUCCAGAUUCUUCUGUCAUCUUCUUGUCCUCUUCCUAAUCCACACGGGAGCAUUAUCAAUGUUCAGAUGUGUUGCCUCUUACUGCCAAACAAUGGUGGCUGGUUCAGUGGGUGGUACAAUGUCAUUUCUCGUCAUCCUUCUAUUUGGGGGUUUCAUCAUUCCUCGUUCAUCCAUGCCUAAUUGGCUAAAAUGGGGAUUUUGGCUCUCUCCGUUAUCAUACGCUGAGAUAAGCUUAACUGUAAAUGAGUUCUUCGCUCCAAGAUGGCUAAAGUUCACAGUAUCUGGUGUGACACUUGGAAGGAGGAUACUAAUGGAUAGAGGGUUAAACUUCUCCGGUUACUUCUACUGGAUUUCGAUUGGAGCAUUGAUUGGCUUUAUUUUCUUAUUCAAUAUAGGUUUUGCCAUCGGUUUGACUGUUAAAAGGCCUCCAGGAACUUCUCGAGCUAUUAUUUCUCGUGAUAAGUUUACCACAAUUAAUGGAAAAGAUGAACAUAUAUCCAAGAACAUUGAAGAUGAGAUGCAUAAUAAGUCACAAGCAGGAAAUUCUUCUACUCCUAGCAAGAUUGGAAGGAUGGCAUUACCUUUCACACCCCUAGCAAUAUCAUUUCAGGAUGUGAACUACUAUGUGGACGCACCUGUGGAAAUGAGGGAGCAAGGAUACAUGGAGACAAAACUUCAACUACUCCAUAACAUCACAGGAGCCUUCCAACCAGGUGUCCUCUCAGCACUAAUGGGGGUUACUGGGGCAGGUAAAACGACCUUGCUUGAUGUUCUUGCUGGGAGGAAAACUGGCGGUGUUAUCGAAGGAGAUAUAAAAAUAGGAGGUUAUCCUAAAUUUCAAAAAACAUUUGCAAGGAUAUCAGGCUAUUGUGAACAAACUGAUGUUCACUCCCCACAGAUCACAGUGGGCGAGUCA